AUGUCUACGUCUGAAUCGUUUGUUGGUAAGCUUUUUGAAGUGCUACAGGGAUUGCUGUUGCAAUUCUGGGCGCUAACAAUCACCCAAAGGGUGUCCAUUGUGAUAUUGCUGCCAUUUGUGUAUAACAUCGUUUGGCAAUUGCUUUAUUCUAUGAGAAAAGACCGUGUUCCAUUGGUGUUUUACUGGAUUCCAUGGGUUGGUUCUGCUGUUACAUACGGUAUGAGACCAUACGAAUUCUUUGAAGAGUGCAGACAAAAGUACGGUGACGUGUUUUCGUUUGUGCUAUUGGGUAGAGUGAUGACUGUGUACUUGGGGCCAAAGGGUCACGAGUUUGUGUUGAACGCUAGACUAGCAGAUGUUUCUGCUGAAGCAGCAUACACCCAUUUGACCACACCAGUGUUUGGUGAAGGUGUCAUCUAUGACUGUUCUAACAGUCGUCUAAUGGACCAAAAGAAGUUCGUUAAGGGUGCUUUGACUAAGGAUGCUUUCAGAAAGUACGUCCCAUUGGUUACUGAAGAAGUUCAAAAGUACUUCAAGAACUCCGCAAACUUUAAGAUUGGCGAGAAGGACCACGGUAAAAUCAACGUCAUGGUCACUCAACCAGAAAUGACUAUCUUCACUGCUUCAAGAACUUUGCUAGGUAAGGAAAUGAGAGAGAAAUUGGACACUGGUUUCGCUUACUUGUACUCAGAUCUAGAUAAAGGUUUCACUCCAUUGAACUUCGUGUUUUCCCACUUGCCAUUGGACAACUAUCGUAAGAGAGACCAUGCCCAAAGAACCAUUUCUGCUACUUACAUGUCCUUGAUCAAGGAAAGACGUGCUAACAACGAUAUUCAAGAUAGAGAUUUGAUUGACACUUUGAUGAAAUCCUCAACCUACAAAGAUGGUACUAAGAUGACUGAUAAAGAAAUUGCUAACCUAUUGAUCGGAGUCCUAAUGGGUGGUCAACAUACUUCUGCUGCUACCUCCGCUUGGGCUAUUUUGCACUUGGCUGAAAGACCAGAUGUUCAACAAGAAUUAUACGAAGAACAAAUGAGAGUCUUGGAUAAUGGUAAGAAAGAACUAACCUAUGACUUAUUGCAAGAAAUGCCUUUCUUGAACCAAACUAUCAAGGAAACCCUAAGAUUACAUCACCCAUUGCACUCUUUGUUCCGUAAAGUUAUGAACGAUAUGCCUGUUCCAAACACAUCUUAUGUUGUUCCAAAGGGCCACUACGUCUUGGUCUCUCCAGGUUACUGUCAUUUGCAAGACCGUUACUUCCCUAACGCUAAAGAAUUCAACCCACACCGUUGGGACAACGAUGCCGCCUCUUCUUAUGCUUCUGGUGAACAAGUUGAUUACGGUUUCGGUGCUAUAUCGAAGGGUGUCUCAUCUCCAUAUUUGCCAUUCGGUGGUGGUAGACAUAGAUGUGUUGGUGAACACUUUGCUUACAUGCAAUUAGGAACUCUUCUAUCGAACUUCGUUAGAACUCUAACAUGGAAGUACGCAAAUGAUAAAGAUACAGUUCCAGUUCCAGACUUCCAAUCCAUGGUCACACUACCUUUAGCUCCAGGUGAAAUUGAGUGGACUUUGAGGAAGUAA